AAAAUAAAUACUUUAUUGUAUAAUUAUUUGCUUUUACUUGUUAAAUUAAAAAAAGAGAAUCUUUUCAACUUGCUUGAAUAAAUUAUUCAGUAAUAAAUAAAAGUCAAUUCUUAUUUUAAUUAUUUAUACAAUCAAGCAAGUUAAAAAUAAAGUAUGUAAAUGAAUCUUAAUAGUAGCAACUACGACUAGUUAUUUAACGAAAAAAGCGCUUAAAGACAGAAUGAUUACAAUAAGCUGGGUUCUAGCAGACUCAGCUAUCAAACACCAAAUUUAAAAAACUCUUAGACUUUGAACCAAAGCUACUCCGAGCAAAUUAAAAAUAUAUAUGGGAGUGUAGAUUAAAAUGAUUUAGCAAUCAAAAACGAAUUAACUUAGAUUUAAAUGGAGGAAUUUUAUCUUAAUAAGUUGAGGGAAUAAAGAGAAAAGAUGGAAUACUUGCGAAGCGAAUUUAGCAAAAAAGACAAAAUCAUUUUGCAGUAUUAGGAGGAGAUUAUUUAUUUGAAAGAAAUAUUACAAGACUCAGACACAUUAAAACUUUAGUUUGAUAGCAUGCAAUAGAUAAUUAACAGACUUGAAGAUAUUAACUAAAGAGAUAAUUAAGAAUUAUGUAGAUUGAGAGAGGACAAUGAAAAACUAUCAAGAUAAUUUUAGAAUAAAGAUAAAUACAUAUAAGAUUUAAAAGAUGAAAACUAGUUAAUUUAGUCCAUGCAAUAAGAAAUGGAAGAAACAGUCAGAAAAUUCAAACUUGUGAUGCAAGAAAAAGAAUAUACAUACAACGAGUAAAUUAAGAGUUUAAAGCUAGAAAACGAAAGACUAUAGCAAGAAAUCGAAAUUAGCAAAGUUGAUUCAGAACUCACUAAAACUAGAUCUUAAAAUUAUGAAGAGCUAUCUAAAUCAUUGAUAGAGCUAAAAAAGCAUAAUUAAGAGCUUGUAUAAGAACUAACAAAAGAAUAAGAAUAAAACUUCAAAAAUGAAAAAGUUAUUGCAGAGCUGAAAAACUAGCAAGUUGAACAGAAAAAAUAGUUAGAUUCAAAGUUAAAGUAAUUAAACGACAAAUAAUCUGAAUAAUCAUUUUAGCUUGAGGAUUUCAAAGAAAAAGAAAAGGAGUAUCUUAAAAGCAUAGAAGAGCUGCAAAAGAGUAAAAAAGAUUUAGAAAAGAAAAUCAAAUCUUCUAAAGAAUAAAAAAAACUGCUGGAGUAAGAGAUAAAGCUUAUCAAAGAAAGAAACAGUGAACUUGACAUAGUUUAUAUGCGCUAAAAAGAAUAGUGCAAGUAGCUUGAGCUUGAGAUAAUUGAAUAAUCUGCAGCAAUAAAAUAACAUUAAACAGACUUAAAGAAUAAUCUCUAGCUUUAGAAAGAUUAAGAAGUGGAAAUACUGCACUUGAAGUAAGAAAAUAGCCAGCUUAGAGAAUAGGUUAUUCAUUUGCAUGAAAAAGAAGAGAGAGAAAAGCAAAUUCGUUAUUAAUUAGAGAAGAUUAAAUAAGACUUGAUAUGUGCAAGGAAUAGCGAGGUAGAGAGACUUGAUUAGUGUUUUCAUGAAUUUUAGAUGACUUCUCAUUUAGUGAAUAAUCAUGACUAAUUUUUAACAAAUGCAGUUAAAGAUUCUAUGUUGCCUUCUCGUUCAUCUCACAGAAAGGGAGGCUCAGAAAAGGAUAUUUAAAAAUCUAUUGCAAAUUAAUAAAAAAAAUCUUUGAGAAAUUGA